UGACGUCAAUCCACGUCAGUUUUAGCGCGGAGUUUGCUGUUGGCGGACAAAACCACACAAGAGACUGAGUUAGAGGAAAUAUGUCUGAAACUGUCGGUUGUAAUUCCUUGUGUAAAACAUGUAUGCUUUUACUUUGUGUCUGAUAUAAAUCAUUUGAAUCUGCUCAACUAUUAAGCCAACCAACUUUAUUAUACAAGAUAUCCAACAAGUGUCUGGUUAGCCAUGGAAGAAACCGGUCCAUCUCGCAAUAACAGCCAGAGCAUCGAUGGCCACGUUAAAGCAGACAAAAAAAAGAGAGGAAGGAAAGUGUCAAGGGAUGUGGAGAUGGACAUUGAGUACCUACAGAAGGCAGUGCCACAACUCUCCAAAGUAUUUCGCAUCACCGACAAAAUUGGUGAAGGAACCUUCAGCUCAGUGUACCUGGGUGAAGCUCAGUUGAUAGACGGGAGGAGAGAGAAGUUUGCCUUAAAGCACCUCAUCCCCACCAGCCAUCCUGUGAGGAUCGCAGCUGAGCUCCAGUGCCUUACUGUGGCUGGUGGGAGAGAAAACGUAAUGGGGGUGACCUACUGCUUCCGAAAAGAUGACCAUGUGGUGAUUGUCAUGCCCUAUAUGAAGCACCAACCCUUUGUGGACAUCCUUGGCUCCCUGAGUUUUGAGGAGGUGCGUCUGUACAUCUACCACUUGCUCAAGGCCCUCAGACACAUCCACCAGUUUGGCAUCAUUCACAGAGACAUCAAGCCCACCAACUUCCUGUACAACCGCCAGGAGAAAACGUUUGCUCUGGUGGACUUUGGGCUGGCCCAGGGCACAGUGGACACCCAGAUUGAGCUGCUCAAGGUGGUGAAGCAGAGGACCACCCAGAGGGGUGUGGGCUCCACAGGGAAGAAGGACCCACAAGCACAGCCACCCCCAAGGGCCACCAGAUUACCACUGUCAACCCCCCCCCAGCACCCCACCACCAUCCCAGCACCUCAAUCCUCCUCCUCUUCCUCCUCCUCUACCUCAGUCAAGCCCCUGGCGAAGAGAGCGGCCACGUUCGCCUCCACCAACCGCACCAAACGCACCAAGGAGCUGUCAGGUCUGUGCAGAACCCCACGGGCCGUGUUUGGAGAGAGGAACCUCAACAGCUGCACCCCCGUCCCUGCCAAGUCUGCAGACACUAAGAUACAGCUGGUAAAGCCCUCUAAAACUGAGGACCCUGCCGCACGGACGUUUGUCUCUGUCAUCCGGCACCCUCUAUCUGCAAGGACCCCAGCCAGCGGCCAAAAACAACCAAGGACCCCCGUCGUUAACUUGGGUCUCACCUGCAACUGCUACAUGACUGACCGUGUCUGCAACGUCUGUAUGUCGAGGAAGCAGCAGGUGGCACCCAGGGCUGGCACUCCAGGGUUUAGAGCUCCAGAGGUCCUGACCAAAUGCCCCAACCAGGGCACAGCCAUAGAUGUCUGGUCAGCCGGGGUGAUCCUACUCUCUCUGCUCACUGGCCGCUACCCGUUCUUCAAGGCCAAUGACGACCUCAUCGCCCUCGCCCAGAUCAUGACCAUACGGGGUUCCAGAGAGACCACCCAGGCUGCAAAGGAGUUUGGUAAAGCGGUGACGUGCAGCUGUGAGCUCCCUCGUCAGGACCUGAGGACUCUGUGUGAGACCCUGAGAGGGAGGCCGUCCCCAGACGAUGAUGCCAUGCCCCUUCACCCCCCCAACAUAGACAUCGCCAACCCCCAGGAGGAGCCAGGGGGCAGCAGCGCUGAGGAGAAUGUUCCAGAACCUCAGGAUGAGGGGGGCUGGGACCAGGUGCCUGAGGAGGCCUAUGACCUCUUGGACAGACUGCUGGAUCUGAAUCCAGCCACACGGAUCACAGCCCAGCAGGCACUGCAUCAUCCACUGUUCACAGGCUUCUGACACCCACUUGGAACUUGUGUGUCAUGUUCUGCUGUUAUAGUAUUGUUUGCUGGAAUGUUGGCAUCAAACUGCCAUAGCCUCCAUUCCUAGCUAUAACAUGAGUUAUGACUGGAUAUGUGGACUUUUUAACCUGAACCACUGCCUGUUGAUGUCAAUGACUAGGAUGUUUUAUUAAGUAUGUUGUUGGAGAGGAUGUGAUUAUGCUUGUUGUCCCUUUGCCAAACUAUGAACUGUCUCAACUUGAAUGUGUGUG